UUCUUUUCCUAAAAAGCUUAAUGACACUCCCUCCCCCAAUUCAUAUCAGCAGGGCUAUUUUUGUAAUUUACUAUAGAGACCCAUUGCACAGGAGUAGUAUAAAUGGAAAGAGAUCCUUCGACUCGAUCUAACUCCAUAUUCAACAAGCGCUCGUAAGCUUCAGUUCAUCACUGAAUUUACGCUGCCCCUUUCAAGGACGUAUACCCUCUAAGCUAGGGAAUCUCCUUUUGAUUGCAUAUAAGGCACAUAAGAUGGAUCAAACUGGGCACCAGAAGCUCCCAGAAGUUGGCCAAAUAGUCUACUAUAAGUACCACUUGUUGAGACGGAACCUGCAGGUUCUUCUCACAAUGUCUCUCGUCUUUUUCUCUCUUUGCUUCUUUCUGGGCUUUUCUUUGUUUCCCAAUUCCUUCUAUGUCUGCUUCAACACUUGUCUACUUUCAUUCUUGACCCAUAAACUUGAAAGGAAGUACGUGUUUCUCAUUUGUAAUGGAAUCCUUGCUGUACUCGCUAAGAGUUCGGUUUCUUGCAGAUCUUCAACUUCUGGGUUUGAUUUUGAUGGCCAAUUAUCAGCAGUAAAACCAACAGUCGCUGAUAUUGCGUCCAUAGAGGAUGUUGCACUUUCAGCCAAAGAAGAAGAAGAAGAAGAAGAAGGAGCAGCGCAUAAACAUGAACUACAAGAACAAGAGGGAGAGAAUUUACAGAAGCGAGAACGUGAAGAUUUGAUUGCAGAAGAUGAAGGCAACGACGAAGAAAGAGGAGGGAGUUUAGUCAAAAGAAAUCUAGAAGAUGAUAAAAAAGAAGAAGGAGGAGGAGGAGGAAAUGAGGAGCUAGCUAGUACAGAGGAACUGAAUCGGAGAUUUGAAGAGUUUAUAAGGAAGAUGAAGGAAGAAAUCAGGAUUGAAGCUCAACAACAAUUAAUUGCAGUGUAACAUGUAUUAAUUUUGAAUGUAUAACAUCUAUUCACUUUAAAGCUGGCUUUCAUCCCCUUUUUAACGGCAA